AUGGCGAGCUCCGUAACGCCUACAGCACCGAACAGCGCUCACUCGCAGCAGCGCACCCGUCAGGAAGAGGAGGCGAAAGGCGCCGUAGCGGCCCCCGCAACGCUGACACUAGCCGCGGUUCAAGGAACAAGACUGCAGCAGUGUGCCGAGGAGCGCGACAAAAACGGUCUUUUGGCUGGUUCCUUCUUUGUUGGCAACAUUGAACUGAUCAAGCUCAAAGACCGGACGCGUCGCGAAGGUGGACUGCAGAGCGAAUUUCAACGGAACGCUCGCAUGCUGGUCUUUCAGGACGGCGUCGCCGUCCGCCAAGGGGCGACGGGCACCAUCACGGUGGCCUCCGUGGCGAGCCCAACCAUGUACGACAUUCGGCAAUCAGUCUACGGGCGAUUCUCGCAAGUGCUUUGA